CCUUUCCUCUCAUACUAAACAGAUUAGUAGGCUACGUCACUAACGGCUGCGGCUCGCGCGUCGCCAUAGCUACUGCGCAUGCGUACAGUUUUAUCCGUACUGCAUGCGUUAGUGUUCAGCAUGCGGUGUGUUCCGUGUGUGCUACACCUAGCCUACUGUUCAGGCUUCCUAUUCAGUACGGUAGUAUGCGGAAAUGGAGGAAGGGAGGGGAUGAAGGAAAAAAAGGGGAGGGAGUUUCGCGCAUGCGCAAUGUGUCUCCAUCCCUCCGCAUCGCUCCCCCCCCUUUUUUUUCUCUUUUCUGCAGCAUCAGUACCGAGGACGCACAAGCACACUGUGAAAAAAAGGACAAAACGGGGGGAAAAGAUCAUUCCUUUUUUUAAAAAAGAAAACAACAACAACACUCAAGCCCUUCUUUAAGGAAAGAAAGAAAGCAGGACAUUUGUAAAGAGAAAGGAGGAGUCCGGGGGGGAAAAGCGUCGGACGCGUCAAGAAGAGCUGGAAAAGCCGCUUUCUUUCCAUUCUUUUUCUUUUUUUGGUAGCCAGCGCACCACGGCGGGGGAACGAUGAAGGACCGCACACAGGAACUGCGGAGUGCUAAGGACAGCGAUGAUGAUGAGGAAGUUGUUCACAUCGACCGAGGAAACUUUAUGGAUGAGUUCUUCGAGCAGGUGGAGGAGAUUCGUGGCUGCAUUGAGAAGCUGUCGGAGGACGUGGAGCAGGUGAAGAAACAGCACAGCGCCAUACUGGCCGCUCCCAAUCCUGAUGAGAAAACCAAGCAGGAGUUGGAGGAUCUCACAGCUGACAUUAAGAAGACAGCCAAUAAAGUACGCUUAAAAUUAAAAGCAAUCGAGCAGAGCAUUGAACAGGAGGAGGUGAUGAACAGAUCAUCGGCAGACCUGCGAAUCCGCAAGACACAGCAUUCCACCCUGUCACGCAAGUUUGUGGAGGUGAUGACCGAGUACAACACGACGCAGUCCAAAUACAGAGACCGCUGCAAAGACCGCAUUCAGAGACAGCUGGAGAUCACUGGAAGAACAACCACCAAUGAAGAGCUGGAGGACAUGCUGGAGAGCGGGAAACUCGCCGUCUUCACCGAUGAUAUUAAGAUGGACUCCCAGAUGACCAAGCAGGCCCUGAACGAGAUCGAAACUCGUCACACAGAGAUCAUCAAACUGGAGAACAGCAUCCGCGAGCUGCACGACAUGUUUGUGGACAUGGCCAUGCUGGUGGAGAGCCAGGGGGAGAUGAUUGACAGAAUCGAGUAUAACGUGGAACAUUCGGUGGAUUACGUAGAGCGAGCUGUAUCCGACACCAAGAAGGCUGUUAAAUACCAGAGUCAGGCACGCAAGAAAAAGAUCAUGAUCAUCAUCUGCUGCGUAAUCUUGGGUGUGGUCUUGGCGUCCACUAUCGGAGGAACUCUGGGCUUCUAGACUCACCGA